CCUUAAUCCUUAAACGGUAACCGUGACCUGCAGACGCAUGGGCGCGAGGCUGGACAUCUAGCAUGCCCAAAACGGCACCCUUCUCGCCCAUUGCCGCCUUAUUUGGCGUAGCGUAUUUUUGGUCUUGCCUUAUCCUAUCCCGCAGGCGACGACCGCGCGUCGUCUGCGAAUGUUAUAUAAAUACACUUUGACCGAUCAGAGAAGCCAGCUAGCAAAGAACACUCCAAAUUCGAGAUUUUGACGCUCGCCUUUUAGAACAUUUCCUGAAUAUAAUCUGGACCAGAAAUCGCCGUCAGGCUAAGUGGCAGCCAUGCUUGUACUAGAACAGCAAAAGCCUCGAAUCGCUGAGGGAUCCCUAGAGGAGCAUGAGGGAGACUCAUGCCACCCACCACCUUACACCAAGAACGACACUGCCUCUACAACAUUCCCUUGGGGUGGUAAAUCCUUCAUUAUUCGACUUUGCGGAUCAAACAAAAUUUUGAGCGUGGACAGAAAAGGCAGUGUGCAAUUGGCUAUCCCUAUGGAAAGUGACUCUGACGCAAUAAAAGGAUUUGAAUGGGAAUGUGUCGAGAAAAACGGCUGGUUCGGCUUCAAGCAAGAUGGCAAGUUUCUUGGGCGUGGCCGCGGGUUUUGUGGCUGGGGGCAUCUUUCGCUUGAGGCGACGACGAUGGGUGUGAAUCGGGGCUUUACUGUCCGACAGCAUCCUGAUGGCGGGUAUCAGAUCAUGGCGAUCAACAAAUGGUCUUACGAUAAACUGAGUGUCGAUCAUGAGGGGCAAAAGUUGGCUUUGACUAGAGAAGAUAAUGCCUUGUGGGAGUUUGUCUCGGUAUAAGUGGUUGCCAAGUCGUGGAAGAUGACGAGAUAUAUAGUGAGAUGAACGCAUUUCACUUUUAUUCAAAUAUUUUAGUUGGGAGUAAGAAGAUCAAAUGAUGAACAGAGCACUUGGCUCGGCAAUCCGUCUAAUCAGGGUGCAUCAUCAUUUACGCUACCACGAUCCAGAAUUCCUGCUGAUUCUCCUACAGUCAUUGGAGGAGCGAGUUGAGAAACGUCCAGUGCAUAUAAAUCCGACCAAAAACUAAAUAACCCUUUUGUGGCUAGCUUCAACCAGCCCCAGAAGUACUGAGGCUGUCCUGCAAAUCGAGGGUUGCACCAAAUUUCGUGGCUCGCCGCGUCAUAGUCCACCUCGACAGCCCUAUUCCACGGUGUUUUAUGGCGUAGUUUCGGAAAGACAGUAGCAUCUGCUACAAGAAAGACCCGCGGUCGAUUGAUUUUAGAUAAAUUUAGCGGUUUACCCCCAACGCUGUUCAGAAAUACUUCUCGCAGCUGAGCAUCUUCGAGGCUAUCAAGGAGAGAUGUGUCAGAUCGCGCAUCUAUACGAACGAGCUCGAGUAUUUUGUCAACGGCGCCAAACUCAUCAUCAGUUUCGCAAUAAUCGCCUAGGUUUGCCUCGAUGGAGUUCUCUAGGCCUGUUUCAAGAUCGAUAACUAGCUGCUCCCAUAAUGCAUCAGUAUCUGAACUGUAGCAUAUUCAAUAGACAGUGAAGCUAAGAUUGAUGUAGUAUUGGUCGUCGUGAGCACCCGAGAAUCCAUCUGGUGGCUGGUAAAAUUGACUAAGUUCUGAUUGAGCAAUCCCACGGGACAUUGUCAAGUCUUGAAGAGUAUCGUCUUAAUAAUUCUAAGGUUGUCGUGAAGAAAAUGUCGUCAGUAGCGUUAAUUGAACUAC